AUGUCCCUCAGCUCCGAGGCGAGGCCAGGGGGGCUCCGCGCACUGCCCUCGCCCCGAGCACCAGCUCUGCAGCUUCCAUUGGCCGGCAACCGCAGCCAAUGGGAGCUGCAGGGGCGGUGCCUGUGGGCGGAGGCAGCCCACACCGCGCAGAGCUUUCUGGCCACACCUCCGCUUCGGAGCAGACGUGUUGCCGCUUCUGGGGAGCUGGCCGAGGGUCUCCGGGAGGCCCUGGCUGAGCACCGGCCCCUGAUGGGGAAGCUGCAGCGCGUCUCCGCCCAGCUGGCAGAGCUGAGCCCGGAGCAGGGGGCCCCGUUCCAGCAGCGGUGCCAGGCGGCGGAGGAGCAGUACGACAGCAUCCGGGAGCACGUGCGCCAGGCAGCCACGGUGCUGGAAGAUGCCAUCCCGCGCUACAGCCAGCUCACGGAGCGCAUGGACUUUCUGCUGGAGAGCCUGGAGCGGCUCCAGGGCCGGGUGCAGAACCCCCCCGCGGUCCGGGGCGACGCGGCCCACCUCCGGGAGCAGAUCUGCGAGAACAGCCUGGCGCUGGGCGAGCUGGAGAAGCUGGGGGUGGCACUGGAGACCGUGCGCAGCCAGGGGGCCGAGCUGCUGGCCAGCAUGCAGAUGGCUCACGCCAACGCUGCGGCGAAAGUCAUCCAGGAGCGCACGGAGCAGUUGUGCAGCCAGUGGCGCUGCCUUCGCGGGCAGGCCGAGGAGCGGGAGCGGUGGCUCAGGGGGCUGCUGGCGCUGGCCGAGCGGUUCUGGCAGGGGCUCGCUGAGCUGGCCGUCACCCUCACAGACACCCAGCAGAUGGUGCUGGACUUGGAGGAAGCCGGCUCCGACCCCGAAGCCGUCCGGGCGCGGCUCCACACCAUGCAGGCGCUGCGAGAGGAGAUCGACGCGCUGCAGAACGACCUGGACACGCUGGGCAUCCUGGGCGUGGAGCUGAUGUCGUCCUGCGGCGACCCGGACAAACCGGACGUCACCAAGAGCCUGGACGAUCUCUACUCGUCCUGGCACAGCCUGAGCAAGGUGUGGACGGAGCGGCAGGGCCGCCUGCAGGAGCAGCUCCAGGCUUCGCUACGCUACCAGGAGGCCAUGCAGAGGCUCUGUGACUGGCUGGCCACGGCGGAGCUGCGCAUGGCGGAGGAGUUCCUGGUUGGGGGGGACCUGGAGCUGGUGAGGCAGCAGCUGGUGGAGCUGAAGGAGUUCAAGAGGGAGCUGUACCAGUGCAAGGUGGAUGUGGAGAGCCUGCGGCACCAUGCAGGGGCUGAGGACAGAGGCCCCCCAGCUUUGCUGAGUGACUUCCGGCAGCGCUGGGAUUGCCUGGAGGAGGAGAUUGUCAGCCGCCAGCACCAGCUGGAAGCGGCGCUCCUGGGCUUGGGGCAGUUCCAGAACCAGCUGGAGGAGCUGGUGCAGUGGAUUUCCCACACGGCAGAGCAGCUGCAGGGCCGGAGACCGCUGAGCUUGGAUCUGCAGAGCUGUGAGAUCGAGCUGGCCAAGCACAAGGUACUGAGAAACGACGUCAUGUCCCACGCCCGGACAGUCCAGUCUGUGAACGAGGCCGGCCAGGGGCUGCUGCUCUCCAGCCUUGGGGACAGCACGGACGCGCUGCAGUGCAGCCUUCAGCAGCUCAACCAGCGCUGGGACUUUGUGCGGAGUGAGACCGAGAGCCGCCAGCUGGAGCUGGAGAACAACCUCAGCCAGGUGCAGGACAUCACGCUAGAGAUCAUGGACCUGCUGCAGUGGCUGGAGCACGUGGAGCUGCGGCUUUUCUUCUCCAAGCCCGUCUGGGACCACCCCGAAACCACCAAGGAGAAGCUGGCAGCGCACCUGGGGAGAAGGGUCCCGUGCACCCGCGCGGCGCGAGAGGCGUCCCCGGCCCUGCUCCAAGCCCCUGGCUGCACAGUGCUGCCGGAGAGCCGGGGCCGGCACUGCCCCCCUGCCGUGCCUCCACAGGAGCUGGCCAAAGAGCUGGAGUCCAAGCAGCAGGCGUAUAACAGCGUGAGGGACCGGCUGCAGCGCCUGCUGGCCUCCUGCAGCCUACCCCGGGCCUGCCACACCCAGCACAGCCUGCGCAUCCUGGAGCAGAAAUGGGAGAGCGUCAGCAGCCAGGUCCAGGAGAGGAAGGAGCGGCUGGCGGAGGGGUUGACACUCAGCACGGAGUUCCACAGCACGGCGCAGGAGCUGCUGCAGUGGCUGGGGCAGACGGAGCAGAGCCUGAGUGCCCCGGAGCCGCCCAGCUUCCUGCUGGAGAUGGUCCUCAGGCAGGUCCAGGAGCACAAGGCGCUGCUGAAGGAGGUGACGGCCCGCGGGGAGCAGCUGUCCAGCCUGGAGGCGGUGGCCGCUCGCCUGAAGGACGUGAGCAGGAAGCAAGACUGCGCUGUGAUCCAGAGCCUGGUGCUGACGGCCAAGGAGCGGGUGGCCAAGGUGCUGCGGCGUACUGGUGAGCGGGGCGCCGCGCUGGAGGACGCUCGCAAGCGUGCCAAGCAGUUCAGUGAGUCGCGGCAGCUCCUCCUGGACUGGAUGGAUGAGGUGGAGCAGACUCUGGAGGUCCCCGGUGACGCCGCCAUGAGCCAGGAGGAGAUCAAGUGCCAGCUGGCUGAGCACAAGGAGUUCCAGAAGCUGCUGCGCUCCAAGCGUCCCGUGUACGAGGCCACGCUGCGCAGCGGGCGCUUGCUGCGGGAGAAGGCCCAGCUGGCCGAGGACGUGCAGCCGCUGGAGGAGCUGCUGGGGGAGCUGAAGGAGCGCUGGGACGACGUGGGUGGCCGGGCUGUGGAGAGGCAGCACAAGCUGGAGGAGAGCCUGCUAUUCUCGGGCAAGUUCACAGACGCCCUGCAAGCCCUGCUGGACUGGCUGUACCGGGCCGAGCCGCAGCUGUGUGAGGAGGUGCCGGUUGGGGGGGAUCGCGACCUGGUCAGCGACCUCAUGGACAAGCACAAGGCUUUCCAGAAGGAGCUGGGCAAGCGAGCCAGCUGCAUUAAGAUGCUGAAGCGCUCGGUGAGGGACCUGACUCGGGGCAGCAACAGCGUCGACUCCCAGUGGCUGCAGAAGCAAAUGGAGGAGCUGAGCGGCCGCUGGGACCUGAUCUGCAAACUCUCCAUCUCCAAGCAGGGCCGGCUAGAGGCUUCGUUACAGCAGGCGGAGGAGUUCCACACCCUGGUGCGCUCGUUCCUGGCCCACCUGGCUGAGUCGGAGAAAACCCUCCGGCACGGCGUCUUCCCGGAGGAGGAGGCGGCCCUGCGCGAGUGCCAGAGCCAGCUGCAAGAGCUGAUGAAGACUCUGCAGUGCCAGCAGCUCGAGCUGGAGUGCAUCACGUCCCUGGGGGAGGAGAUCCUGUCUGCCUGCCACCCCGACUCCGUCGUCACCAUCAAGUCCUGGAUCACCGUGGCCAAGAGCCGCUUCCAGGAGGUGCUGAGCUGGGCCCAGCAGCAGGGCGAGCGGCUCCAGGCCCAGACGGCCAGGCUGUCCGCAGAGCGGGAGGAGAUGGGCCGGCUCGUCGACUGGAUUGCAGCUGCCGAGGAGUCGCUGAGCCUGAGGGACCAGGAGACACUGCCUGACGACGCCCAGCAGCUGGAGGAGCUCAACUCCCAGCACAUGGAGUUCAUGGAGGAGCUGAACCGCAAACAGCCGGAUGUGGAGAAGGUCACCAAAAGCUGCAAGCGCAAGCUGGCCCCGGAGCUGGGGCCGCCGACCACCCGCCGGCUGGCUGCAGGGCGACGCAGCGCUGUGAAACCCACCCGCACCACUCCCCAGGUGCCGCUCAUCGACCUGGAGCCCCAGAGCCCCCCCAUGGCGCAGCUCCUGCACCGCUGGCAGCAGCUCUGGCUCCUGGCCUUGGACCGGCAGUACCGGCUGCAGAGCGCCCUGCAGCGGCUGCGCGAGGUGGAGGAGUUUGCGCACUUUGACUUUGGCGUCUGGAGGAAGCGGUACAUGCAGUGGAUCAGCCACAGGAAAUCCCGCAUCCUGGAUGUUUUCCGAGGCAUUGACCGGGACCAGGAUGGGCGGAUCAGCCAGCGGGAGUUCGUCCAGAGCGUCCUCUCCUCCAAAUUCCCCACUAAUGUCCUGGAGAUGAGCGCCGUGGCCAGUAUCUUUGAUAUGAACAGUGAUGGCUUCAUUGAUUACUACGAGUUUGUCAGCGCUCUGCACCCCAGCCGGGACCCGCUGCGGAGGGUCGCUGACGCUGACCAGAUCCAGGACGAGGUAAACCGGCAGGUGGCCCAGUGCAGCUGCGCCAAGCGCUUCCAGGUGGAGCAGAUCAGUGCCAAUCGGUAUCGGUUCGGAGAGUCGCAGCAGCUGCGCAUGGUGCGGAUUCUGCGCAGCACCUUGAUGGUGCGAGUGGGGGGAGGCUGGAUCGCGCUCGACGAGUUCCUGGUGAAGAACGACCCCUGCAGAGUGAAGGGACGGACCAACCUGAAGAUCAAUGAGAAAUACCUGUCUCCAGACGCCUUAGGGGCCGCGACCGCCGGUGCCGGCAGCCAGUCAGCGCCCCCCUCCAAAGUGCUGUCCCCCAGCCGCUCCAACUCCAGCCUCAGCCUGUACAGCAGCGCCUCAGCCCCCAGCAGCCCCCUGGCCAGGAAGGCUGUCCUGCGCCGGACGCGCUCCGGAGACCGGUGCCCCCGUUCCCGCAGCUCCCUCCUGGCUGACGGGGCUGAGCUGAGCUUCUCCGCCCCCCAGGCCAGCACAGAGGCUGCGCCCCCAGGGGGCAGACGGCUCAGGGUGACGGCAGAGGCAUCCCCAGCCCCCUACGCCUGGAGACAGACCCUGGCAUCUCACCCGGCCCUGAAGACUCUGCCCUCAGCAUCCCUGGGGCUGGAACAGCAGCUGCUCCCGCUCGCUCUCCGCCUGGGGCCCGCCGAGACGUGGAGCCAGGCCCUGCUGCAGAGGCCGGGUCAUGCGCCCUUGGAACAGCCUCAAGGUUCAGGCCAGCUCUGCCCCGGGCCCUGGGGGGAAGCUGGGAGGGCAGAGGCUGCGCUUAGCUCCGGGCUCCAAGCACAACCCGAGCUCACAACGGGCCUGCACUUCGUGCUGUUCCCAAGCCAGGAGGGCACGACGGCGGGAGGAAGCCCUCGAGAUGGCACCGCACUCCACGGAGCCCUGGGGCUCGGCCCAGAGAUGGCAGCGCUGGGCCCGUGGCUUGGCGAGAGCUGCAUGAGCAGCAGUGCCUGUGGCUGGCCAGCGCGCCAUGCCCACACAUGCUGCUGCCCCUCGGGGCUGGCACUGGGGCAGGCACUGCCAAGCCCCGGGCGGGUGGCUGGUGCAGGCGUGCUCGGCGGCUCUUAUUCAUCCUGUUGCCAAGGCAAACAUCGCCGCGAUUCCUGCGAAAGAGGCGUUGCUGCUUCUCAGCUCAGCCGGCACCUGCGCCUCGGGCUCUCGCACCAGAGCCGACAGCGCCCCGCCCAGAACAGGAACCUGAGCUCGGCGGCCACCGGCACGGCCUGGAACCCCGGCGUCCUGACCCCAGUGCCAGGCAGUGCAGCGGCCCUGCUGUGCCUCCCACCCGCAUGGCAGCACAGAGCAGUGACAAGGGGCCAGGACUCGAUGGGUCCUGUGGGCAGCCCAGCCCCGGAGGCAACGUGGCCUGCAGCCACGCCCACCCCGGCACCAAGGCUCCAAAGAGCCUUCAGGGGUCACCACAAGUUCUGCUCCCGGUGA